AUGGGCCGAAGGCCAAGGGCAUCGAGCUCGUCGACCAGAAGCUUGGCUGAGCAUUCAGCAGCGCCCUGGACACUUGAUGCUGACGCUGCUCCUUCGCGGGAACGAACUCGGCCCUCGCAGAAGCCUUCGGUCGUCGAGAAAUCUCAACCUGACGAUGCCGAUGUUGAAGAUGGUGUCGUCACCGCCAAGCAUGAACCCAAGUGGAUGAGCGGUACCGGGCUCGUGAUUUUAAUGCUUUUGGUUACCACUGUCGUCUUCCUCAUGAUGCUUGAUGCUUCGAUUAUUGCGACUGCAAUUCCACGCAUUACAGAUGAAUUUCAUUCCCUUCGAGAUGUCGGGUGGUAUGUGACCGCUUUCCAGCUGGCUAGCGCAGCUCUGCAGCCGCUCAGUGGUAAGGUUUACCACAAGUUCAGCAACAAGAUCUCGUUUCUCGUUUUCUUCGGCAUCUUCGAGCUCGGGUCAACCAUCUGCGGAGGUGCAACAUCGUCGGCAAUGCUCAUUGCCGGACGCGCUGUGGCUGGGAUUGGAAGCGCUGGCCUCAACAACGGCGCCCUUACGAUCAUCGCUUGUGCCGUACCUUUGCCGAAGCGACCUCUUCUGACGGGGAUGAUGAUGGCGUUAUCGCAAACCGGCAUUGUUCUCGGGCCGCUUCUGGGCGGCGCUUUCACGCAUUACGCAACAUGGCGCUGGUGCUUUUACGUCAACCUGCCCAUUGGCUUGGUUGUCGUUGCCGGGCUGCUACUUGUUCGGAUUCCUGACCAAGCCUCAAAGCCAAGACCGUGGACAGUCCUUCGACGACUCCAUCUCGAAUUAGACCUCCCGGGCUUUGUUCUUCUCGCCCCGGCCGCGGUCCAGCUUUUGCUCGCCCUUUCAUGGGGCGGAACCAAAUAUGCAUGGAAAUCGGAGAACAUCAUCGGGCUGUUUUGCGGCUCUGGUGCAACUGCCUUGGCCUGGCUGGCCUGGAAUUUGUACCGGGGUGACGAUGCCUUGAUUCCCUUCUCCAUUCUCAGAGUGAGGGCGGCAUGGUCUGGUGCACUCACUCAAUGCUUCCUUUUGACGAUCGUCUACUGCGUGUCGUUCUUCUUGCCCAUCUAUUUCCAGGCAGUCCGUGGUGCGAGCCCCAUGAUGAGCGGUGUCUACAUUUUACCCGGCAUUAUCAGCCAGCUUUUGAUGACAGCAACCGGGGGUAGGCUAGUACAAUGGACGGGCUAUGUUAUUCCGUAUAUCGUACUUUCCGGCACUUGCAGCUCGAUCUCCAGCGGUCUCAUCUCAACUUUCUCCCCUACCACCUCUACCUCCAAAUGGAUUGGAUAUCAGAUUCUCAACGGGGCUGGCCGCGGGUUGGGCAUGCAAAUGCCCCUUAUCGCCGUUCAGGCCGCCCUCAAACCCGAAGAUGUCUCUAUCGGCAUGUCGAUUGUUGUCUUCGUCCAGAGCCUUGGAACCGCCAUCACACUUGCCGUGUCGGAUGUCAUAUUCCAAGGAGGCUUGGUAUCCGAGCUGUCCAAGCAGGCCCCGCUUGCUGAUGCCGCAGCCAUCAUCGCCGCAGGGGCAACCAACUUCCGAAACAUCGUCAACGACCGGGAUCUGCAAGGUGUGCUGAUGGCGUAUUCCAUCGCGAUCGAUCGCGUCUUCUACCUCGUUGCUGGCGUUGGCGGCCUGGCGGUGCUCACAUCUCUGUUCCUCGGCUGGGUGAACGUGAGAAAGGAGGUAGGUAACAGCAAAAAUGACCAAGUUGGCGGGGGAAACGAGAGGAACUGCAGUGGAAGGGGAUUCGAGCUGCAGAAUAUGGACGGUGGGGAGAGCCGCCUGGGUGCAGCUCGAGACUCUAUCAGAAACUGCUGGCACAGAACCCAAGUACGACAGAACUAUUGA